AACCCUGACCUAGCCCGGUGGGGGCCUUUCCCUGUGUGCUGCACUCCGUUCUCCCAGCUCCAGGCACCUGGCGCGCUCACACUGUGGGAGUGGCUUGGGCAGGUCCCCAAGGUGUAUCCCCCCCACCCCGCCCCAACGCCUCCCAUCUGCCCUGUGGCGGCUUAUCAGGUAACCAGAGCCGGCAGCUUCAUCCACGUCUGAAACAAGAAGCCCUGGCCUGUGCAUAAGUCACCACUGAGAGCCCGGGCCAGAGGAUGGAGGAGCAGCGGGCACUCGUGGCCGCCAAGGAUGGGGAUGUGGCAACACUGGAGCGGCUGUUGGAGGCUGGCGCCCUGGGCCCGGGCAUCACCGAUGCUCUGGGGGCCGGCCUGGUUCACCACGCCACCCGGGCCGGCCACCUGGACUGUGUCAAGUUCUUGGUGCAGCGAGCCCAGCUGCCUGGCAACCAGCGGGCCCACAAUGGGGCCACCCCAGCGCAUGACGCCGCCGCCACAGGCAGCCUGGCCGAGCUGUGCUGGCUGGUCCGCGAGGGGGGCUGCGGUCUGCAGGACCAAGAUGCCUCGGGCGUCUCCCCGCUGCACCUGGCCGCCCGUUUUGGACACCCGGUGCUGGUGGAGUGGCUGCUCCACGAGGGCCACUCGACCACGCUGGAGACCCGGGAGGGGGCCCUGCCGCUGCACCACGCCGCCGUCAGUGGGGACCUGACCUGCCUGAAGCUCCUGACAACUGCGCAUGGCAGCAGCGUGAACCGGCGGACACGCAGUGGCGCCUCCCCACUCUACCUGGCCUGCCAGGAGGGCCACCUGCACCUGGCCCAGUUCCUGGUGAAGGACUGUGGUGCUGACGUGCACCUUCGUGCUCUCGACGGCAUGAGCGCCCUACACGCUGCCGCCGCCCGCGGCCACUACUCCCUCGUCGUCUGGCUGGUCACAUUCACUAACAUCGGACUCACGGCACGGGACAAUGAGGGGGCCACGGCCCUGCACUUUGCAGCCCGAGGCGGCCACACACCCAUCCUAGACCGACUCCUGCUGAUGGGUGCCCCGGUCCUGAGAGACUCCUGGGGUGGGACCCCCCUCCACGACGCAGCAGAGAACGGACAGAUGGAGUGCUGCCAGACCCUAGUCUCCCACCACGUGGACCCCUCCCUGCGGGAUGAAGAUGGUUACACGGCGGCGGACCUGGCGGAGUACCACGGACACCGGGACUGUGCCCAGUACCUGCGGGAGGUGGCCCAGCCGGUGCCCCUGCUGAUGACGCCCCCACCACCGCCGUUCCCCCCACCUCCACUGUUGGCCACGAGGCCCUCCCUGGAGGAUGGAAGAAGAGGAGGCCCAGGGCCCGGGAACCCCACCUCCACAUCCCUCAGCCCGGCCUGGCCUGGCCAUCCUGACCAGCCUCUUCCCAGGGAGCAGAUGACCGGCCCGGCCCCUCCGAGGAUCACCACCAGUGCCAUGGCUGACCCUGCGGGGACAGAGACUGCGCUGGCGGGGGACGCCUCAGAUAGCCUGGUGGCACUGCAGCUGGAUGGGCCGCCCUCAGGCGACAUCGAUGGGUUGGUGCCCACGCGGGAUGAGCGCGGCCGGCCCAUCCCCGAGUGGAAGCGGCAGGUGAUGGUGCGGAAACUGCAGGCGCGCCUGGGCGCAGAGAGCUCCGCAGAGGCCCAGGACAAUGGUGGGAGCUCAGGCCCCACAGAGCAGGCGGCCUGGAGGUACUCACAGACCCACCAGGCCAUCCUGGGGCCCUUUGGGGAGCUACUGACGGAGGACGACCUGGUCUACCUAGAGAAGCAGAUUACAGACCUGCAGCUUCGGCGCCGCUGUCAGGAGUAUGAGAGUGAGCUGGGCCGGUUGGCGGCUGAGCUGCAGGCCCUGCUGCCCGAGCCCCUGGUCAGCAUCACGGUCAACAGCCACUUCCUGCCCAGGGCGCCCGGACUGGAGGCUGAGGAGGCCUCAACCCCAGCGGCUGAGCCCACAAGCUCUGCGGAGGCCUCGGAGGUGGCCCCCGGGGGGCAGCCCCUGCCCUUCUGGUGCAGCCACAUCUCCCGCCUGGUGCGCAGCCUGUCCCUGCUGCUGAAGGGUGUGCAUGGGCUGGUGCAGGGGGAUGAGAAGCCGGCCACCCAGCCCCUGCAGGAGACCUGCAGGGAGGCCUCAGCCAGCCCCCCUCGGAGCGAGGCCCAGCGCCAGAUCCAGGAGUGGGGGGUGUCUGUGCGGAUGCUGCGUGGCAACUUCGAGUCGGCCUCCGGCCCACCCUGUGGCUUCAACCCUGGCCCCUGCGAGCCAGGGACCCAGCGCAGGCAGUGCCUGGGUGGCUGCUGGCCGGCUCUGCCUAAGCCCUGCAGUGGCCUGGCUUCCGGGGAGCCCAGGCCUGGCGACACAGAGGAGGCCAGCGACUCCGGCAUCAGCUGCGAGGAGGUGCCAUUGGAAGUGGGCGCCACAGCCAGCCCAGACCUGGCCAGCCUGCGCAAGGAGCGCAUCAUCAUGCUCUUCCUCAGCCACUGGAGGAGGUCGGCCUGCACGCUGGCCCUCAAGACAGCAGCCUGCAGGACCCUAGAAGCCCGCCACGCGGGGUUGCGGGGCCAGGAGGCCGCCAGGAGCCCUGGACCACCCUCCUUGCCCGGCGAGGGCCUCCGGCUGGGCCACCUGUGGCAGCAGCGCAGCACCAUCACCCACCUGCUGGGCAACUGGAAAGCCAUCAUGGCUCAUGUGCCCACCCGGCAGCUGCGGCGGCUAAGCCGGCGGCCCCGCGGGGCCCUGUCCCCCGAGCAGUUCCUGCCCCACGUGGACGGGGCUCCUGUGCCCUACAGCAGCCUCUCGCUGGAUCUCUUCAUGCUGGGUUACUUCCAGCUCCUGGAGUGCGACCUGCCGGCCGAGGAGCGGAAGGUGCGCCACCUGCUCUGCUUCGAGGUCUUCGAGCACCUGGGCACCCACGGCUGGGAGGCGGUGCGCGCCUUCCACAAGGCUGUGACCGACGAGGUGGCCGCCGGCCGCCGGGCCUGGACCGACGGCUUUGAGGACAUCAAAGCCCGCUUCUUCGGCUCCAGCCAGGGUCCCGCCUGGGAUACGGAGCCUGGCCGCAAGUCAGGCCUGACCCCGCUCGGGCCCCUGCCGCAUGCCGCCGUCCCCUGCAGCGGCCCUGAGCCCACAGCACAGCGGCUGGGGUCCCGCUCCCAGCGGGGCAGCUUCAACAGCGAGGACAUCUGCGGCUACAUCAACCGGAGCUUUGCCUUCUGGAAGGAGAAGGAAGCUGAGAUGUUCAACUUUGGAGAAUGA